AUGCAAGCAAUCAGGUCUCUGUUUGUCCCAAACUGGUCUUCGGACGUGUGUCUGGAGGGAAAGACGGCUAUAGUAACUGGGGCUAACACUGGAAUUGGAAAAGAGACAGCUAAAGACCUGGCCAGCAGAGGUGCGAGGGUGAUUUUGGCAUGCAGAAGCAUGGCAAGAGGAGAGCAAGCUGCUCGUGACAUCUUGAGGGAGGUGAAGGGAGCCAAGGUAGUCGCCAGGCAACUGGAUCUGGCCGACACCAAAUCGAUCUGCCUGUUCGCUGAGAAUAUCUACAACACUGAAAAAGCUCUUCACUACCUGAUCAACAAUGCAGGUGUGGCUAUUUGCCCUUAUGCUACGACAGUGGAUGGAUAUGAGAUGCAGUUUGGAGUCAAUCACUUGGGUCAUUUCUUCCUGACCUUCCUGCUACUGGACUUGCUGAAGCACUCAGCCCCAUCCCGGGUUAUCAACCUGUCAUCGGCAGCUCAUGCUCUGGGCAAGAUCCAGUUUGAUGACCUGAGCGGUGAGAAAAACUAUCACCCUGUCAGGGCCUACGCACAGAGCAAGCUGGCCAACGUCCUGUUCACCAGAGAGCUGGCCAAGAGGACUGAGGUCCUAGGUGUGACAGCUUACGCGGUGGACCCUGGAGUGGUGAACACUGAAAUAACCCGGCACAUAAAGCGCCCUCUCGUGGAUCUAGCCAACUUAUUCAGUUCGCUGAUGAGGACGCCAGCAGAAGGAGCCUACACCACUCUCUACUGCACCGUCACUCCUGAGCACCAGCUGCUCAAUGGAGGAUACUACAAGGACUGCGCCAGUGCACAGAGCUGCAGGGCAGGUCGGGAUGAAGGCACUGCCUUGAAGUUGUGGGCUGUGAGCUGCCACCUGCUGGGCAUCCGCUGGAGAUAAACUACCAGACAUCUCCCCGCACACUAUAAAUCAAUAUUUAUGAGCACAUCGAUAACCUCAAUACAACAAAUAUGGUGAUGCUUGAUUUACUGAAUGCUGAAAAUGUGACGUGUGUGUGUGACAGGCAAAGUGUGUGUAAGUAGACAAGCAGGAAACCAGAAUGGGCUAAACCUGCUCAUUAUAAAAGAGUUUGAGUGGUAAAACUCAAGGGUCAUGAAGGCUGCCAUGAAGAAGGGUUGGAGAAGAAAAUGA